UCGUUUGGAAUUAGGGCGCCACUGGUGAUGGCAUGAAAUCGAAUGGGAGGAAACCCGCCAGUGGUUAGCAAUCAACGACAUUAUUAAUCCCUAGUAAUCCGAAUCCACACGGAUUCAUACCAUCCAACCAGAAGUCCCAAUCAAAAAGUGCGGUGCAUGCACCCAUGGCUCGCGGCGGUCACCCAAUCUUGGCUACAGCGUUGUCUCUCGCCCUGCCCGUCCCUCAGCAGCUCGGGCAGUCACUUCCACAUGCGCUGAGCGAGCACGCCAACCAGCGCAUUGCCGACGUCAGAGCUCCACUGUAUAUAACCCCCGACAGAGCAUUCACCCCUCCUCGAGCCUCCCCGCGUUCCGGCUCUCCACCCGAGCCAACCCCAAACAUCCCAUGAUCUCAUCCUUCUUCAGAUCGAUAUUCACUGGCAAACCAUCUCUCGCAAUGACGGAAGCCGCAAAGACCAAGGCCCAGCAGCUGAUCGAUGAGAAUGCUGUCAUGGUCUUCAGCAAGUCGUACUGCCCCUACUGCACUGCGACCAAGCGCAAGCUGACGGAUCUCGGCGCCAAAUUUAACGCCAUCGAGCUGGACAAGAUGGGCGACGGCAGCGCCAUCCAGGAUGCCCUCGAGGGGAUGACGGGCCAACGGUCCGUGCCCAACAUCUUCAUCGCGAAGAAGCACAUUGGCGGCAACUCGGACCUGCAGGCCCUCGCGAACCUGUCGACCCUGCUCAAGGACGCCGGCGCUUUAGAGUGAGGGAGCUAUGCGUGCUCAUAUCGCAAUCGAAUGGACGCUGCAGCGUUCCACGAAACCUACAUAGACUUACCAGCACCACCCAUGGCAGACAUGGCCGCGGGGGAGGACCGUCCCUUUGAGCGGUAGACCAACCUGUGGGGAGGUCACAUAGAUUUGCCGUCGCGAAAAGGAGAACAAAAAAACGCGAAAUAGCUACGUCCAACUCUAGACACGACCACUUUUGCGCAAAAAUACAAUGUGGAGGAGCCCGGAAGUAUCAUGCAGAUAUCGUGGCCUCAGAGAUACUCGAUCCCCUAUAAGAGGCGGCGAUGGGUCAGGAACUGUCCCAUGGCUGGUCUUUAAUAUACAUUUUGCCGGA